ACGGUACCUUUGACCAAAAAACAGCAAUUUUUAAAUAAUCUGAAUUAUUCAUUUCAGGAAAAAUGUUGUUGCUUGCUUUCCUGUGUCUUUCACCGUUCCUGUCGUCCUGUUUUGCAGAGUAUGAAGCCAUAUUACUGGGGUGGCCAUCAGAACAGGCAAAUGUGAACAACCAAGACACCUUGUGUACAGAAACAGAUGGAAGACCUGUCACAAUACCACUGGAAAACAUUAAGAAAAUGGAAAAUGUGCCAUUAUCAUCACUGUCGACAAGUAAUCCAAAUGUCAGAAGUAUGAUUAUUGACACACACAACUCCUUGAGAAAAAUAGUCAAUCCACCCGCACGUAACAUGCUGAAAAUGGUCUGGAAUGAUGAGGCUGCUACAAUGGCAGAUAAUUAUGCUAAAAUGUGUUUGCCGAAUCACAGCGAACCAAAUCUCAGAAAGAGCACAAAUUUUAACGGCGGAGAAAAUGUAUUCAGGUCAAAUUUCAAAGCCUCCUGGGAUGAUGUCAUAAAAUCAUUUUACAGUGAAGUUGUAGAUUUUGAAUAUGGAAAAGGAGCUAAAUCUCCUGGUGUAAAGAUUGGCCAUUAUACACAGUUGACAUGGGCUACCUCAAACCAGGUUGGCUGUGCUAUUAACUAUUCCUCCAACAACAACCUCCCAUACGGAUUUGUCUGCCAUUACAACCCUCCGGGAAACAAUGUUAGCUCAAUGGGAUACCCAUACAAAUCUGGACCUACAUGCGGAGACUGUCCAACGGCAUGCGACAACGGCCUCUGCAGUUUUACAGGACAAUGACUGUUAAAUAAAAUGGCUGUGGCCUUUU